AUGCGAUUGAAAAACAAACGGACACAGAGGCUCUAUACUACCAUAGGGUAUGCGUGUCUGUUAAGCACCAAACCCCAUGGUCGUGUUUGUGCGAGCGUGCCCACCCCUCGUGCCCUCCCCGGUAUGCAUGUAAGGAGCUGCACCAGUGGCCUCCAUGCCGGAGUGGGCCGGGAAGCCUGUAAUAAGCUUACUGUUUUACAGGACUGGUCUGAUGAUUGGUCUGAUGAUUCUGCUGUGUUACAGACUGCCAGUAUGCUGCUCUCCAGUAUCCGAUUUAAGCCUGGGUCAAACUGCUGCAGCUCCUCGGUGGUUCCAUCAUUCCAGCUCGCUGUUUCCUUUCGGUGGCGACAACCAACCUGGUAG